CAUUAGAAUCGAAGGAGCACACGACAAGCAAAUCUGAGACAAAGCAGCCCAGCCGAGCAUCUUUGCCAAGAGUUGACGCUACUCGAGAGCAACAGCAGAAGCACAACGAUAUUAAUUUGAAAUUGAAAAUAUUUUGAUUAGAACCAAGAUGUGCCGAUUCAUUCAUGCAAACAAAGGAACAAACCACUCGCUAUCGACGAUAUCUCUCAUUCUGGUUUUAUCUGCUAUGCUAUUCACGGUGGUCCCGGUUCGUGGAGACGAAGCAACUCUGGUCGCCCCAGUGCCAGGAAAUGGCACACUGCUUAGCAUAAAUGCCUCGGAGGUGCCCUCGGCCGCGCCAACGAUCAGCUACUGCAAAGGAAUCUGCGGAGAAGGCGGACCGAACUCAGAAGGGUAUCUUGUGGACCCCGAUUUUGCUACGGAGUACCAAUGGAACCUGCGGGUCCCCGUCUGUUCCGGAGCUUCGUGCGAGAAGGCCACCUGCGCGGAACUGUCCAUGAGGCUCCGGACAAAGGACCUGAGCGACUUUGAGUGCCGGAAGCACCAGGUAGAGCUCCAGCGCACCGCUUUGUGCACCUGCACCGAUCCAAGCGAAGACGAUGAUUUCGGCAUGGGGAACGACGAUUACUGGGACAAUCGCACCACGCGUGCGUUUAAACCGGCCGCAAGAUACACCCUGCUCGGGGUGAUGUCCGCACUGUUUAUUGCCUGCUGGGUAGGCCUGUAUAUUGGAAUCCAACAUGAUGAUGCGGAAAAGGAAGCCAACGGCGACAACGAUGAAGAUGUCGAAUAACAUGGCAACGAACGGAAGUGCAAUUGAAAGAUUGAAUCGGUUUUGAGGAAGACGAUCGCAAACGCUAAAGGUGGAAAAAACCUGCUCGAUCGAUGAAUAAUGAUUGCGCAACAAU